GGAAGUCUGUAAAGAAAAUGGCGAUGGUUUUCGGAAAUCAUGUGAAGUAGAGAAAAAACCCUUAGGUUACAACGAUAAAUGAAAAUAAUGUCGAAAAUAUAGUUUGCAAGAUUGCAAGUUUUCUCUUAGAUAAAUAUAAUUCAAAUUUUGAUUCUGAAUCGACCAAGGGUUUUAGUCGUUAUCCCUAUUCAUCAAAAUGUGACACCGUACAUCCACUUUGCCCUUGAAAAGUUACGGAAUAUAUUUAUUGCAAUUAUUAACGUUCUCCGUCAGUCAUCAUGGGAUCAAGAAGAGACGUGAGAAUAUUACUUGUGGGAGAUGCUGGGGUUGGCAAAACAUCCUUGAUACUGUCACUUGUUAGUGAAGAGUUCGCUGAAGAUGUACCAUCCCGUGCAGAGGAGAUCACCAUCCCAGCUGAUGUAACACCUGAACACGUACCUACGCACAUCGUAGACUACUCAGCACAAGAACAAGAUGAAAAUGUGCUUCAAGAAGAGAUUCUUAAGGCGAGUGUCAUCUGUGUGGUGUAUUCUGUCACAGACGAGGAUUCCAUUCAGAGGCUGACCAUGUACUGGUUGCCAUUACUUCGUGCAAGUUUAGGGGAUGAGCACCGAACCCCAGUCAUUCUGGUGGGGAACAAAGUUGAUCUAGCAGACUUCCCAUCUUGUUUCACUUUGACUUGUUGACAGUGUUCAGCACGCACCCUGAAGAACAUCAGCGAGGUGUUCUACUACGCCCAGAAGGCCGUCCUCCACCCCACAGCCCCUGUAUACAACCCUGAAGAGAAGGAGUUGACACCUGCUUGCAGAAAGGCUUUAACAAGGAUUUUCAGGAUUUGUGAUUUGGACAAUGAUAACAAUCUGAAUGAUGAAGAAGUUAACGCCUUCCAGCAAAAAUGUUUCAAUGCACCCUUACACCCACAAGCAUUAGAGGAUGUGAAGGCUAUCGUCAGUCGGCACACCAGCGAGGGCAUUUGUGAUGAUGGCAUUUCACUCAAAGGGUUUUUAUUUCUACAUACACUAUUCAUACAGAAGGGUAGACAUGAAACAACAUGGACAGUGCUACGCAAGUUUGGAUAUGAUGACAACCUGCAGUUGACUAAAGAUUUCAUUGCACCUAGGUUACAAGUGGGUCCAGGGAGCACAACAGAACUGACACACCAAGGGUAUUCCUUCCUAACUCACCUGUUUGACAAGUAUGAUGAGGACUGUGAUGGUUGCCUGAACCCCACAGAGCUGCAGAAUUUGUUCAGCACCUGUCCCAUCAUGCCUUGGGGGCCCGACGUGAACAACACUGUGUGUACCAACAGCGAGGGCUGGAUCGCCCUGCAGGGCUACCUCGCACAGUGGACAUUAACAACAUUAUUAGAUGUUCCAAGGACUCUAGAAUAUCUUGGACACCUGGGCUACCAUUACCACCAUGAAACUCAGCUGUCAGCCAUACAAGUGACACGAGACAAGAAAAUUGACUUAGAAAAAAGACAAACAACAAGAAAUGUAUUUCGAUGUCAUGUAUUGGGGUCAAAGAAUGUGGGAAAGACAUCAUUACUGCAAGGGCUGUUGAGUCGGAACCUGAGGUAUGUGGCCACUCUGAACAAACACUUGCUGUCCAGCUUCACCAUGAACACUGUGCAGGUGUACGGCCAGGAGAAGUAUCUUAUGCUCCAUGAAGUCGAUGUUGCCAUGUGUGAGAUGUUGACGCCGACGGAGCUAGACUGUGAUGUGGCAUGUCUGGUGUAUGAUGUCACCAAUCCACGGUCGUUUGAAUUCUGUGCUAGGAUGUACUUGAAACAUUUCAUCGAUAGUAAGAUCCCCACCCUCAUAGUGGCCUGUAAGGCUGAGCACCCUGAGGUUCGUCAGGACUAUGAGUUCACCCCGGCACAGUUCUGUAGUCGCUACAAGCUGCCCCCACCUCAAUACUUCACCUGCAUCGACAAAGUCAACUGGGAUGUUUACGUCAAACUUGCCACCAUGGCUGCAUAUCCCAAUCUGAAACGUCUAGUACACAUGCUGUUGGUCCAUCAGAAGUCUCUCUGGCUGGAGGAGAAGUUCAGGCAUCUGAAGGGCUUGUACACUGACGAGAACAAGGUGUACAUCAGGCUAGGGAUUGGCCUUGUUGCACUCACUGGAAUGGGGUUUGCCAUGUAUAAAAUACUCAGAGCAUUAAGAUGAGGACUCAUGUUACUAGGAUUUUAGCACAAAUAUACCUUGUGAUGAAGAGAAAAUGGACUCUUGUUGAAGUGAAGACCUGCCGUAUCAAAGAUUACCUGCACAACCCUCCAAGUUUCUUGUUUAGAUUUCAAGCUUAUAUUCUCAGUACAGACAUUGCUGGCGACUUUUCAGGAUGUAUUUCAUUUCGUGUCAAGUAUUUAUCAUCUAAUGAGGAAGAAGCAAGGACAGUCUGUGUUAACCUAAGGGAUGUCACUCUGUGUUAGUUUGACAAGAGGUCAUGGUGUAUUUCCUAGAUGAGGGUCAUGAGAAGUAGCACCGGGGACUGACAUCACAGUCAUGACAAGGGUAAACAGGUGUGUAUGUAACCUGCUGCUAGUGGUGUCAUAGGGAUCCGGCAUCAGUGGAGCUGAAGACAGCAGGUGAGACAAUUCACAAGCCAUCUGUGGAGGUAUUGUCUCACCCCAUCUAUCUGUAUCCCAGUGGCUAGCGUUUUGUAAACCUACACCAACACCAGGAUUCUUUCCCUUGGUUAUUGUGAUCUCAAAUUACCUGCCACCCGUGAAGGUCCGGGUUAAAAUAUUGAUCUUCAGUAACCCAUGCUUGUCGUAAGAGGUGACUAACGCGAUCGGGUGGUCAGGCU